AAGCGCCAGAUUCGAACGUUGGGAAUUCAAAUGCGAAGAAAACCAAAUUCACAGCAAUUCUAUCAAUCCCUAUGAAUGUUCAAACUCCAAAAACAAAACAACCAAAAGCCGCUACGAAAACUAUGUUCUCUGAUCUCUCCCCAAAAUCUACCGAAGAAAUGCAUGACAUCCGAGGAACCAAUUAUUUUCCGGAGUGCCGCAAAGAUGCCAACUGUAAUUGCAAAAUGUGCUUGGACAGUAUCUCGGCCACCUUGGAUCUCAUGUCUAUGAGCGUUCAAAGGAGCUCUUUGACGAAGAUUUCGUCGUCGAAACCAGUAGCCGACAAAACCCCGGUGUUGAUUGACCCGACACUUCUGUCUACUCCUAUAUCAAGAACUCCUCCGGUUGUUAAGUUUCCAUCCACAUCCCUGAAAACUGCUCUUCAAUCCACAGCAAAAACCGGUUUCUCGAAAAAGGUCGAGAUAAAGAAGAGGAAAUUUGGGACAUGGUUGAUGUUCUGCAAGUGGGUUUUGUUCUUGGGGUUGAUUUUUGGGUUGGAAUUUGGGAUUUCUUGGGAAAUUCUCGGGGUUUUACGACCAAAUUUAUCAGUUAAGAUAGUGAAAGAUGCUGUUGUAGAGUCUUCAGGUGUUGAGAAUGUGAGUGAAAGAUUGAAUUUGAUUCAGAAAAAUCUAAAUAUGUCUGUUAAUGGUCAAUUGUCAAGCUGCGUUCUGGGUGAUUCUACUUGGAAAGUUAAUCAGGAUGGUUUGAUAUUGAUUUCCUACUGCAUAUUGUAUCAAUCUGCGGCAGAGGAGGUGUGUAUAUUGGGCUGGCCUCUGCAGACUGCUGGUCUUUUUACAGCGGGAUUUUCGUCGCGAUCAUUCAAUGUGCUAUCUGGAAGAGUCACAGAGUGGCCUGAGGGCAGGAUGAUCUAUGUGGUUCGAGAGGCGAACAAUUCAUGGAUUCUAAGAAAAUGGAGUGCUUCAGUUGUGCAAUUCGAACCAAACACUUGGAUAAUUGAGUACAAAAGAAAUGCUCUUUUGGAGAAUCAGAGUAUUUUGUUGGUUGCUGUGGAGUUUUUCAAGUUCAGAACGUUGAAAAUCAUGCAAAGAAUGAAGCAACAUCUUUGGUAUCUGCAUGACUUCAAAUAUCAUAUAGCUUCAACGUCAGAAGCUACUGAUAUUAGCAUCCCAACUUAAAUGGAAAUGUACACCCUUGUGAGCUUGUUAAGCAUAGUAUCAAAUUGUACAUCUCUCAUGCCCUAGAAGAAGAUUAAAAGGAAAUUUCUAAAAAUGGUGGUCACUCUUCAAUUGUAUAUAAGUUAAUACUUGACAGUAGUACAAGUUCUUAUGAAUUAUGGUCUUGACUCGGGUAGAAGAUAAGAACAAACCCAGUUAUUUGCUCAAAUCUAAAACAAUGGUAUAGGAUAUCUGGAUAUGUUGUAAAUGGUAAGUGAAAGUCCUCAAUUACCACUUCCACAUACAAGCCAGAGCGAUUUGGUUGUCUAUGAUGAUGAACCUGCUAGUAUAAUAUCAUAUGCCCUUAGGGUUUUUUUUGGUGAAAUACG